AUGUUCAAGUCAGUCCUCGUCGCUUCUGCUUGCCUUUUCGCUUUGGCAAUGUGCCAACCAGCUGGCGGACAAGACGAUGUUCCACCAUUUUUGCGUCGCGCUUCGCAAGCUCAACUUCAAUCGUUCCAAGGGCUUAUCCAAAAUCACGGACAUUUGACUGAGGCCGCUUUGGACGCCAAGGUUCAACAAUGGGUUCAACAACAAGGUGGAAAUGUUGCUGUGAGUUUGGGAGGAGGGGCAAGUGCGCUCUAGCGAAAUUUGAGUUGGGAUUUUAGGUACCAUUUCGUAGCCCGUGAAAUUCUCUACAAUUUAGGCUAACUCUAGAGCUCUCGGAACAUCCAGGAACUUCCCAGGCUUAUUCUGUAUCAAAUUGUAGCUCUCAAAAUCCUCUAAAAGUUAGGAUAAGUCCCGAAGAACCUAGGCAUGUUGGAUUCCAAAAUAUUGCUCUCAAAAUCCUCUAGAAGUUAGGCUAAGUCCCAGCAAAACCCAGACACAAGUUAUCUUAAAUUGAAGCUCUCAAAAUCCUCUAGAAGUUAGGCCAAGUCCCAAUAACCUAUGGCAUGUGAGAUUUCAAAUUGAAGCUCUCAAAAUCCUCUACGAGUUAGCUGCAAAAAUCCCAACCAAAAUCCAAUUUCAGGCCGACUUCGCCGAAUUCCAAAACUUCAUCAAGGGAAACAACGCUCAAGCUGAAGCCGCUCACAACGCCGCCAUCGCCAGCUUCUCACCAGCCGCCAAGAAAGCCGACGCCGAUUUGACAGCCAUCGCUCAAGAUCAAAGCCUUCCAGUUAAGGCUAAGGGAGAGAAGGUUCAAGCCUACUUGGCCCAACUUCCAGCUAACGUCAGAGCCGAAUUGGAAAAAGCUCAACAAGGAAAAUAA